CUGGCUGCACGCUUUCUGUCUGCUCUCCACUUGCUUUUAGUUUUUAGUUAGUUUAGUUAUUUUUGAUCUUUUAUUUCUAAAAUAUAGAUCUCAAUCAGCAGACACCGACAAUAGAUCGGCUGGAAAGGCACAGAAUUACAAAACUACAUUAAACUAGACAUUUAGUUAAUGGAGUUUUCCACUAGCUGUCAGACUGAACUCGAACACAGUUAUCAGGACUACCAUGGCUCCUAUCACUACAGCGGGUUCUUCGUGCUGCUCCAACUGCUACAGACUCCUACGGAAAAUCGCUGUGCUGGAGACAAAAAUGCUCACAAUCCUACCUGGAAUGGACAGGAGAAAUGGUUCCAGAUCACUCGAGGAGCUGAUCUCUGUUUAUCAGAAGAACCUCAAAACCAAACUGAUAGAGAAAUAUAAAAGAAUUAAUGAAGGAAUCUCACAGCCUGGAUCAUCAGUUCUCCUGGAUCAGAUCUACACUGAGCUCUACAUCACAGAGGGUUCGAGUGGAGACGUCAAUAAUGAACAUGAGGUGAGACAGAUUGAAACCACAUCCAGGAGACCAACAACACAGGAGAAACCCAUCAAAUGUAACGACCUCUUUAAAGACACGUCCAUCAGAACUGUGCUGACUAAAGGAGUUGCUGGAAUUGGAAAAACAGUGCAGAAGUUCUCUGUGCAGAAGUUCAUUCUGGACUGGGCUGAAGGAAAAGCCAAUCAGGAUGUUCUCUUCAUGUUCCCACUUCCCUUUAGAGAGCUGAAUCUGAUGAAGGACAAACAUCUCACUCUGAUGGAGCUUCUUCAUUAUUUUUUUUCAGAAUUUAAAAGAAUAAAAGCAAUAAACUGCAGCACCUACAAGAUCAUUUUCAUCUUUGAUGGUCUGGAUGAGUGUCGACUUCCUCUAAACUUCCAGAACAAUGAGAUUGUGUGGGAUGUAACAGAAUCAGCCACAGUGGAUGUGCUGCUAACAAACCACAUCAAGGGGAACCUGCUUCCCUCUGCUCUCCUCUGGAUCACCUCUCGACCAGCUGCAGCCAAUCAGAUCCCUCCUGAGUGUGUAGCCCAGGUAACAGAGGUACGAGGGUUCAGUGAUCCUCAGAAAGAGGAGUACUUCAGGAAGAGGAUCAGUGAUGAGGACCUGGCCAGUAAAAUCAUCAAACACAUGAAGUCAUCAUGA